UUCCUGGCCAGUUAUUAAACACUCUAAACAUCCACGGUCCACCCGCAGGUGCUUUCACUUAGUUUCCUGAGUAGAACUUGUUUGAGGAAUGUGUGGGUGUGUGCACAGGCUCUUACUUGAUUGACAACUUAUUAGUUUCGUUGUAUCUGUAAAGGUAGAAUCACAUAACCAUGCACCAGAAGUGCAUGGUGGACGAAGCAAGUAAACAAGAAAAAAUUCCUAGGACGGGAAGUGUAACGUGACCGCACCUUUACGGCGGGAGAGGUUACACCUUUCAUCCAUUCUUAUUGGUCCCUGCAAUUUGGUGACCUCAAACAUUCCUGCCUAACUUCAACAUGAGCAGAGGUCUACUUAGCCAGAUAGGAAGCAGAGAAACAUUACAACAAGCAGACAGAUGUUUGACUUUCUUCACCAGCUGGUCUCUAUCUUUAGCCAGGUUAUGGCCACGUUGCUCCGCGAACUGAUGCUGGCAAGGCCUUCUGUAUGUUUUACGCAGUCUUGGGCAUUCCUCUGACACUGGUCAUGUUCCAGAGCCUGGGCGAGAGGAUCAACACUUUUGUCCGCUACCUCCUGCGAAGAGCCAAGAAGGGCCUGGGCUUAUGGAAGACGGAGGUGUCCAUGGGGAACAUGGUUCUGGUCGGUCUGCUGUCUUGCAUGAGCACUCUGUGUAUCGGAGCUGCGGCCUUCUCCCAUUUUGAGGACUGGACCUUCUUCAAUGCCUACUACUACUGCUUCAUCACGCUCACCACCAUCGGCUUUGGGGAUUUUGUAGCCCUGCAGAAGAAAGAUGCUCUCCACAAGCGCCCCCCCUAUGUGGCUUUCAGUCUUAUGUACAUUUUGGUUGGGCUGACAGUGAUUGGAGCUUUUCUUAAUCUGGUGGUCCUGAGGUUCCUCACUGUAAAUUCAGAUGAGCCGGAUGUGAGGCUUGAGGCAGGGGGAGAGGAGCAGCGACCACAGCGUGAAGAUACACAGGAGGACAGGGAGUUGUCAGAGGCUGAAGCAGAAACUGCCGAGGUGGGAUAUAAAGACAGAGAAGAUGGACACAGCAACUGGUGUAACCUCAGUCUUCCCAUGGAAGGGGCCAUCAGCUGUACGAACCUCCUCCCUUCUCCUGCAGAGGAUUGCAGACUUAUUAUAUCUGAACAGGGAGAGCACCCUAAGCUUCCUGAACCCAGCAGACUCAGAGCCUUGUUCUCCUGCGUCUGCUGUGGCCUAGAGAUUUACGACAGCGCCCCUCCAUCGCACCAUGACCGGGAGCAAGGCCACAGCAACCCUGUCUUUUACAACUCCAUCUCCUACAGGGUGGACCAGGCCUCAUGCAGCUUCUGCACCGUGUCGUCACAGGCCUCCCCCAGUAGCGUAGCACCCUGCCUGGGUAGGAACAAUCCUCACACCAGGAGGAAGUCAUUCUAACACUGUGAACUCUUGAGUUAAAGUCUAAGUGACCUUUGUUUUCGAUUUUUCGUAUUCGCCACAGAACAGAGAGAACCCUCUUAUUUUCUGCUUGGUGGAACAAAUUGCCCUAUAACACUCAUGAAUGUAGCAUUACUUGGUAUCAGAUAAAAUCUUGCAUAUCAUAAAAAUCAUGUACGGUUUAUAAUGUAUUUUUCUACAUUAAAGAUUACUGGUAAACUGAAAAUGUGUAACGAAACAAAUUAAAGUAUGUGAUAACUAUA